CACACCCCUGGCAAGUAUGUCCUCGCAAAAGAAACACGAACACCCAAAGUCCGAGUCAUCAGAGCUUAGGGCCACACAUCCAGUCUCGGAGCCCCAAACAUAAUCCAUUUUAGGCUUUUGGAUUGUCCGCCCACCGGUGGACUCAGAAACCGAACAGCUUUCUACAACCACAAAGAUAAGGUUUAACCCAUGUAUGUUAGCUCCUGAAAUAGUUGUAGAGCUUUUGCAAGUAUUCAUCAAAAUUACCGCCUGAAAAGAACACAUAAUUUUAAAUUUAAAAAAAGGAAAGGAUUUUUUUUUUUUUUUUUUUUGGUUAUUUGAUUUUGUAAGAGAAAGAGAUAAACCCAUUUCUGAUGAGUCUUGAAUCUUUCAGUCAGAACCCAGAAAGUUAGUUUUUUUUUUUUUGGAAGAGACUGCAUGAGUGGGUUAGAGCCUUAUUGGUCCUUCAAGUUUGGGAGCUUGAAGAAGCAACAACAAUGGCUAUGGGUAAUGGUUUUGCUCUCACACUUUCUUCACAUUCGCUCUCUCUCACUUCCUUUUGUUUUCCGGCCCGGCAAGCUUCGCUUUCGACGUCUCGGACUUCUUCUCGAAUUCGCCAUCGCUUCCCUUCUCGCCGAUGGUUGAAUCCAUGUUACCCAUCCGCGGCUUCUUUCAGGUUUGAUAGUUUCAAUUCAAGAUGUUCAAUAACCAACACUGACAUGCAGUGUGACCAUGUGGUCACGGAGAAUGAGAAACAGGAAGAAUUAUCGGCAGUUGAACCUGAUUUCUCUGUCCCAAUUGUUAAUCUUAAAUCCGAUAUCCUUCAGGCUGAAUCUUUGAAUUUGCUAACUGAAGAUACUUAUGUAGAUUGCCUACUGACAGCACUACCAGUUCUCUCGGAGGAAGAGCAGCAUGCCCUUGCAGCAACUCCAGCUCAUCCAGCAGGAUUAUAUGCUUUAUAUGCUAGUUGUGUGGCUGGGAAUUUAGUGGAACAGCUUUGGAAUUUUGCUUGGCCUUCUGCUAUUGCAUUGAUACACCCAAGCCUUCUACCAGUUGCGGUCAUGGGUUUCUUUACUAAGCUUGCAAUAAUUGUUGGAGGCCCUUUGGUUGGCAAAUAUUUGGAUUAUUUUCCUAGAAUCCCUGCGUAUAAUUGUUUCAAUAUUGUCCAGUUUUGCCUUUCUCAGGCAGCUGCACAAUUGUUAUCAGCAACAAUGAUUAUCCAUGCCCAUUCUGUUUCUCUUUCUUCGUCGUCGUCCUUGCUUCGCCAUCCCUGGUUCAUUGUACUUGUAUUAGCUGGGGCUGUUGAAAGGCUAUGCGGAGUAGCAUUGGGGGUUGCAAUGGAGCGCGAUUGGGUGGUGCUGUUGGCAGGAGUGAAUAGGCCUAUUGCACUUGCACAAGCAAAUGCUGUUCUUAGUCGAAUUGAUCUUCUCUGUGAGAUAGCUGGAGCAUCAUUAUUUGGCAUUCUUCUCUCCAAGUAUGAUCCAGUAACCUGCUUGAAGUUUGCAGCUGGUUUAAUGAUGUGGUCAUUACCAUUUGCAAUAACUUGUACAUGGUUAACCAACAAGCUUUCUCCUGGGGUUCUUGACCGCCCUAAAUGUUCACAAACCUGUUGCAGAACAUUUACUGGUGGAACUGUCCCUGAUGCUGAUAGUUUAGUGGAGAGAGGUGUGGAAGCUAUUAAGCUAGGGUGGAAGGAAUACAUGCAACAGCCAGUUCUUCCUGCAAGCCUAGCUUAUGUGCUUCUUUAUUUCAACGUUGUUCUCACUCCAGGCAGCUUGAUGACAGCAUUUUUAACACAGCGUGGCCUUAAUCCAUCUCUCAUUGGUGGGUUCAGUGGAUUAUCUGCAUUCAUGGGUGUUGCAGCAACAUUUAUUUCUGCAAGCUUAGUCAGACGACUAGGCAUUUUAAAGGCUGGAGCAAUUGGAUUGAUAUUCCAGGCUUCGCUUCUCACUGUAGCUGUAGCUGUGUAUUUGAGUGGUUCUCUUUCUCAGCAGAACCCCCUUCUUUUCUUCUUGUGUAUGAUUGUAUUAUCAAGGUUGGGACACAUGUCAUACGAUGUGGUAGCAGCACAAAUUCUCCAGACUGGCAUACCACCAUCGAAAGCAAAUCUUAUUGGGACAACAGAGGUUGCUGUCGCUAGUUUGGCUGAGUCUACAAUGUUGGGCGUUGUAAUAAUUGCCAAUGAUGUUUCUCAUUUUGGAUUUCUGGCAAUGCUGUCACUUCUGUCAGUGGUUGGGGCAGCGAUCAUGUUCUGCCGCUGGUUGUACAAUCCAACAGAAGAACAAAGAAGUCUUUUCUCUUUUGACCCAUGGUUCUAAUUUUUUGUUCACACCAUCAUUUAUCCGGAAAAAAGGCUGCUUGAUGUGAAUUAGACAGCUGAUAUACUUGGUACUUUCAACGGUGCCCACAUUUUUCUAUUUACAAAGUAAAUAGAGGUAAUUUUCCACACACACCUGGUUUUCCAUUAUUCUCAUGGAAUGGAGGUUGAUCAUCUCCACUGUAGUCUCCUCUUUAACAGAUUCUUUUCUCAUAUAACAAAUGUGUAGAGGACCAACUUGUACAAACAUUACAGCACAUUUGUAAAAUAUUUGAUUAAUUCAAAAUCUUUCUUUUUA